AUGGCUCGUCUAGCAUGUUUGAAAUAUAUCGUCGAUGAUGUCGUUAGAAGAACAAGACGGGGGGAGGGUUGGGAGUUGGAGGUUGGCGCGCGUAGUUUUAAUAGUGGUGAUAGUGGUGAUAGUGGUGAUAGUUGUGAUAGUGGUGAUAGUUGUGAUAGUUGUGAUAGUUGUGAUAGUUGUAAUAGUUGUAAUAGUUGUAAUAGUUGUAAUAGUUGUAAUAGUUGUAAUAGUUGUAAUAGUUGUAAUAGUUGUAAUAGUUGUAAUAGUUGUAAUAGUUAUGGUUUUAAUAAGAACUCGAAAAUCAAUAUCAACGCAAGUGCCAAAAUGUUAAUACUACGAGCCUGGUUGUGCAGUCGCUCAAUUGCGGCAGUACCCGUUAGCAAGAGCCGGGCCGUAAAAAUGGCCCGGCAGAAGUCGCAAUCGAGGGGAAAUAAUGGGAAGGAAAAGGUGCAAUUCGCCAAGUCGGCUUUGUGCAAGACCGCAGAAUUCAUUGACUAUUCUCAUAAUCUGCAAUACGCAAGACAAUUUGUUUGUGUUCCUACUAUCAUAGCUAGUUCUCCUACAAGCAGAGCAAAAGCAAGACGUCGCUAG